CUAGCUAGUAUGGACAUGGCCAAGCUCCUAUCCAAUAAAGUUUAAUUCUUGAAAAGAAUGCAUGUCAGCUCUCUCAAUCCCUUCUCCUAGAUAUAUAUAUAUAUGCACCCGUCUCCCAUCUCUCCCACGACCCCCUCAACUUCUCAUUAACUAGCUACAGUAUGUACAUGAGUAUGUACAUGUACGGUCGAACACUAGCUCAUUUCUAGCUAUUAACACUCCAAAAAGUCUCCUCUCUCUCUCUCUCUCUCUCUCUCUCUCUCUCUCUCUCCCUCUCUAAAGAACUCAACGCGCGCGCGCGGCCAUGUGCAACACUGAAGAAUGCAACCACCAGCAGAAGAGCCUCCUCACCACUCCGCUGAUCAAGAAAUUCUCAGGCGGGGCAGAUGAGCCGGCGGCGGCUGCCUUGGCGGAGGCCCGGUCGAUCCUGCGUCUGGCGUUCCCGAUGGCGGCGACGGGCCUCCUGCUCUACCUCCGCUCCAUGGUGUCCAUGCUCUUCCUCGGCCGGCUCGGCCGCCUCCCUCUCGCGGGCGGCGCCCUCGCCAUCGGCUUCGCCAACAUCACCGGCUACUCCGUCCUCUCCGGCCUCGCCAUGGGCAUGGAGCCCGUCUGCGGCCAGGCUUUCGGCGCCCGCCGCCACGCCCUCCUCCGCAGCGCCCUCCGCCGCACCGUCCUCCUGCUCCUCCUCGCCUCCGUCCCCAUCGCCGCCCUGUGGCUCGCCAUGCACCGCACCCUCCUCCUCUUCCGCCAGGACCCCGACAUCACCGCCGCCGCGCAUUCCUACAUCCUCGCCUCCCUCCCCGACCUCCUUCUCCAGUCCUUCCUCCACCCCCUCCGCAUAUAUCUCCGCACGCAGUCCAUCACCCUCCCCCUCACCGCCGCCGCCGCCGCCGCGCUCCUCCUCCACCUCCCCGUCAACUACCUCCUCGUCAGCGUCCUCGGCCUCGGCAUCCGCGGCGUCGCCGUUGCCUCCGUCGUCGCCAACUCCAACCUUCUAAUCUUCCUCCUCCUCUACGUAUACUUCUCCGGCAUCUUCCGCCGCACCGACGACGACGGCAGCGGCGACGACGAAACCAAAGCGGCAGAGAGAUUCGGAGAGUGGAGAUCGCUGCUCAAUUUGGCAAUCCCGAGCUGCAUUUCGGUGUGCCUGGAGUGGUGGUGGUACGAGAUCAUGAUCCUCCUCUGCGGCCUCCUCCUCGACCCCAAGUCCGCGGUGGCGUCGAUGGGGAUACUGAUCCAGACCACGUCGCUGGUGUACAUAUUUCCCUCCUCGCUUAGCUUCGGUGUGUCGACGCGCGUCAGCAACGAGCUCGGCGCCGACCGCCCGGAGCGCGCGCGCCGGGCGGCCGAAGUCGGGCUGUCCUGCGGGGCCGCAAUUGGCGUCGCAGCACUCGGCUUUACGCUGGCGGUGCGGAAAGUAUGGGGGAGGAUGUUCACGGAGGACGCCGCGAUUUUGGAGCUGACGACAGCGGCGCUGCUGAUGGUGGGGAUGGCGGAACUGGGGAACUGCCCGCAGACGGCGGGGUGCGGGGUGCUGCGGGGAAGCGCGAGGCCGCGGGCAGCUGCGAACGUCAACAUGGGGGCGUUCUACGGGGUCGGGAUGCCGGUGGCCAUUGGGCUGGCCUUCUGGGGCGGGCUAGACUUCCGGGGGAUGUGGUUCGGGAUGCUGGCGGCCCAGGCGGCCUGCGCGGCAAUGAUGCUGGCUGCCGUCAGGAGGACGGACUGGACAAUGCAGGCUGAGCGGGCACAGCGGCUGACGGGCGGCGGCAAUGGUGGCGCCGUCAAAAUGAUCAACAGCGACAGCGACGGCGACGGCAACGGCGCCGUGUGUGACAAGGAUAGAACAGUAAGAUCGGCAACGGAGGAGGGAGAUGAGAAAACCAACGUGGAUGUUGUUCUUGUCGUUAAUUGUUGAAGAUUGAUUUACCUGGGGGUACUUGUUGAAGCUAGAUUGAUUUAAUUGGGGUGGACUAACUUGUGAUACUCUUUUUUCUUUUUUCUUUUUUCUUUU